UCAGUUAUUUUUCGAAAAGCGUAGUUCGGGACAUCAUUUUCGUGAACGUAGGUGCCAUCUCAUUGUAAGCUCUUAGUUUGAGCACAUUGGGCGAUCAAUCGUUAGUGCUGACCUGUUGAGCAACCAUUCUACUGAAGGGUUGUUAAUAUAAACUGCUGCUCAAGUAUUUGUCAUUGAAUUCGUAAAAACAUGGUUAACCGAAUUACAAAUGGUUCGAAUACAAACGGUACUACAAAUGGAACGAAAAUUCAUCAUCCCACUGUUGUUAUUCAUGGUGGUUCUGGUGAUGUACCGGAAUGGCGGGUUCCACUGAAAAUCAACGGUGUCAAAAAUGCUGCCGUAGCUGCAUAUAAAGUACUGUCGGCUGGUGGCCAUGCUGUUGAUGCUGUCGAGGCAGCACUGCGUAGUAUGGAAAAUGAUGAAUAUUUGAAUGCAGGUUAUGGCUCGGUACUGAAUUUGGACGGCGAUAUUGAAAUGGACGCUAGUAUUAUGAACGGAGAGAAUCUCAAAGCCGGCUGCAUUAGCCUUGUUCACGAUAUCCAGCAUCCGAUAUCACUAGCCCGACGUGUCAUGGAAAAAUCGAACAAAGACUGGAGCAGUCCUUGCUUUUUCGCUGCUCAUGGAGCCAUGAACUUUGCCAAGGAAAACGAUUUCGAAAUUUUACCACCGGGUGCUCUAGUCACGAACUUUGCUAAAGAAUCGUUAAUAGCAUACAAGGCAUACAAAGCAACGGAAGCAAAACAAAAGAAAAACUUCGGUGAAGUGGGCACGGUUGGUGCUGUUGCUUUGGAUGUUAACGGAAAUAUAGCGGCAGCAACGACAACAGGCGGUAUGACAGGUAAAAUUCCGGGUCGUAUUGGUGAUACGCCUCAAAUCGGUUCGGGUACGUAUGCAGACAACAAAGUCGGCGGUACUUCAUCUACAGGAACCGGUGAGGUAAUUAUGAGAUACAAUUUGGCUGCAAAUGUUAUGAAACGAAUGGAAUGGUUGGGGAAAGAUGCACAAACGGCUACAGAGGAGUCGAUCAUAGAAAUGACAGAUAAACUGAUUGAAACUGGUGGUUCGAUCACGAUCGAUAAACAUGGAUCCGUUGGAAUUUACUUUAGUUCGAAUAUAAUGCCGUGGGCCAAGUUGAAAGACGGCGUUUUAAGCUAUGGAACCAAAAUUGGUGACAACUUCCAGGAAAUCAUGGAUAAAUGAUAACAUGAAUAUGAACUGAGUCUGUUGACUAUCUCAAACAAUAGAAUUUCUAAGUAUGAAAGCAUUUACAGCCAAAAAAAAUAAAUAAAAGUCUAAGCCAAUCUCAAUUUUACAGAAAAUUAC